AUGCCGCUCGAGGCUUCUGGCCAGCGCAGCGACAACCCACACAGUCCGACCGAAUUCGACCGCGAGCUUCCCGGCCGCCACCGCCGAGACCUCAAGAACGACAAGCCAACCACGUCGAACCCAAUCGCACAAUGGACCGCGGAUACCCGCAUGGAAAAAAAAGGGCAGCGGCUAGAUGUCAACCAGCUCUACCGCCUCGCCGACGAACUCGACAAGAUCGCGCAGAACAAGGAGAAGCUUCCCGCGGUGGAUGUUGCGGCAAAGUCGUACACGCUUAUGUCGAAGAAGCUAGUGCCAGUCUCGCGAAACCCGACCUCCCGAUUGCCACAGGUUCUCACGACCAAGGCAACUCAGGCCAUGCAGCAGAUAAUAAAUACCAAGUUUUCGACCAUCGAUAAUGCGGACCUCCCCAGCACUGCCGAUAUCUGCAAGAUCUACGCCGAUCUGAACAACGUCAGAGUCGUGAGAAGGCUGGAGCUCAUCAACGGUCUCCUGCGGGCAAUAGUGUCGUCCCGGUCCCAGUCAGAGACCGAACCUGUGGAGGAUCGAUUGUUGGACGAUCUGGUAGAAUGCUGGAAACACUUCUCGGGCUUGAGGCGCGUUGACAGCCGCCUGGGCUCGGAACCAGAGUUCUGGCUCACCUCAAGGCCAGAUAUGCGGGGUACGGAGGCGCCUGCCAAACUUUUUCGCGCGCUCUUCCCGUUGUAUGCGCUGAACGAGCUGCACGGCCUUGGCCCCGCGCUUGUGACUACGUUCGUCCUGCUAUCCGAGUCCAAGCACAUGUUGACUGCGGCAAGGGAGGAGGCACAGCCUUUACUGGAAGCACUGGACCCGAUCGUGAAGCGGUUUGACCAGGAGAUGCUCCAGCAAGCCUUUGACGGCUAUCCCGAACUCUGGAGUUACGUCCAGCCCAGGGCGAGCUGGCGAGUGACUCGAAAGGCGCCCGAAGCUUGGAAGGAGUCGGAUGCGACGGCGGCGGCUGCUGCUGCUGCUGCUGGCUCGGACCGUACUCGCUCCUCGGGGCACUUCUCGUAUGCUCUCUGGCACAAACGAUUUGGUUUGGCCUUUCGUACGAACAACUUCGCGGCGGCACAGCAGGCCUGGAGGGAUCUUAUCAAUCCAGUCAACGACAAAGACCGGACUCGGAGACUUCGCAGGUCCCCUGAGCUGUUUGACUACAUCUUAUUCCAUGUCUGCAGCAAGUCUUGUGUACAAAAGGAGAACUUCUCCAGAAUGACUGCGGAAGUAUUGACGUACAUGAAAAAGCUUGGAGUCAAGCCGACGGUAAGGACUUACACGUCGAUGAUGAGUGGCUGGAAGCAGGCCAGGCUGCUGGACCCGAUUGAGAAUCUGUGGGCUUCGAUCACGGCGGCGGGGCUGAAACUGGACGAGCAGAUCUGGUCAGUGAGGAUAGCCGCGCUUGGCCACCUGGGUCCAGAAAGAGCAGGAAUGACCGCAUUGAAAGAGAUGGAGAAGUUGUGGAAUACUGCAGUGAAGAACGGUACACAAAGCAAGGCGGUCGAACCUGGGAUCGUGUGUGUGAAUGCCGCAAUCUCUGGACUGCUGAAGCAGGACCGCAUGGACGUGAUACGCGCGGUGCUGGACUGGGCGACGAAGAAGGGCAUGGAACCCGACAUCUACACCUACAACAUGCUCCUCUCGCGGAUGCUCAAGAAUGGCGAUUCCGACGAGGCGGAUAGGCUCCUCGCUAGUAUGAAGCAGGCGGGCCUGACGCCCGAUGGUGCCACCUUUACCAUCAUCCUCGAAGCAGCCUUUGAGAACCUUCAGGAACAAACGCCACAGGAACAGCGAGAGGCUAUCGAUGCGGUCUUCGCGGAGAUGGCUGCCUGCGGUAUCGAGCCCAACCAGGAAGCGUUCGCCAAGAUGCUUCACGUCCUUGUCAAGGCGGGCGACGUUGCCGAUCAUUCGGUCGCCGCCGUCCUCACCCACUUGCGCAAUAGCGGCCUGCAGCCCUCGACGGAGAUGUGCACGAUCCUGGUCGAGUACUACGUCAGCCGCGAGCGGCCAGACCUCGACUCCCUACGCGCCCUCGUUGCCGACCGUCGCUCCCGCACGCGCGCCCUGUCGGACCGCGUCUUCUGGGAGAGCGUUAUCAAGCACUACCAUCGCGCCGGCGACCUCGACAGCGCGCUGGAUAUCGUGUACGACCUCGACGACUGGGGCAUCUGGCCUUCCCUCCCGCUGCUUGAGCCCCUGCUGCGGUCGCUGAUUCACAGGCAGGACUGGGACGCCGCCCAAAAGUUGGUUUCUACGGUUCGCAAACAGGCUCGGCCCCAGUCGGCGGAGAAGAAUGACCGGUUCUGGAAGCAUGCGUUUUGGGCUGCUGCCAGAGAUUACGACCUGCUGGAGGGGAUGUAG